AUGUCGGUAACCGUGGAGGAGCCACGAAAGGGCCCAGAAGAGCCCCCUGCCUCUAAGCUCAAGGACACUGCCAAGGAACCUUCCCAACAGGGACAUGGCAAUGGAAACAACGAUACCGACGUCAAGGAAUAUGCCGAAUCAACACAGAAUAACCAGAAGAACGGUCAAAACGACAAGCAUGACUGCGACGCUCCUAGAAUCGUCAUGGCCUACAUCCCAGCCUCGACCCCGGCUUCACCUGCUCCCCCAUCCCCCGGUUGCAACACCCCAGCAGCAUCCGACAGUUUGACUCCCAGCUUGACGACGAAGCUCAACCAAGCUUUUAACGAAUAUCGUACUCGGGAAGAGGGAGUGGGCGAUCUAGGUCACCAGAUCGAGGGCGAAGACGAAGGAUAUGAGGGAGAUGCGAGUUCACCUGGCGAGCAUCAGGGUUGCUGUGAGCAUGACCACGAGCAUCAGCAUGUAGCUCAGGAGCACUACUCGCCUGGAUGUCAGCAACAGCAGUACUACGGUGGUCGCUUCCCACCUCCGUUUAACGCACCUUGGGGCUGGACUUCCAGUCCUCCUCUUUACAUGCAGCCUUCUUUUCAGCCGCCUUUGCAGCAAUACCAACAACAGCAGUUCUAUCAACCUGCUACUCCUCCUUCUUAUCAUCCUCAUAGCUUCCCUUCCCCUUAUCUUUCUCAUCCUUAUCACUUCCCUCAACCCUACCAGCACCCCCAUCACCAGCACUUUACGAUUACCCCUCCUUCUCCUUCUACACAUCCCUCAGAUCCACGCAUCAGGGGCAGACCGCCCCAUUUUCACCCUAUUCCCCCCUACACCUCUUCAACCUCGUGCUACACCUCCCCAUCUUUCCAUGUCCCGCGAGCUCACCCAUAUCCUCAGCCCCAAGGCCCUCACAUCAAAGGCCUAACCAACCGCCUCCAAAAAAUCCAAGCCCAACUCAACGGUCUCGACGCCGCCCACGAAGUCGAGAUCUGGCGGCACGGGAGAUACAACUUCCACCGGCGCCGGGCCAAAGAACUCCGCAAGAUCAAGAGGGAGAAGGUGGAAGUGAUGGUGAGCGUGGUUAGGGAGUUGAGGGGUUUGGGUGUUAGUGUUGGUGGUAGGGGUGGACAGUAUCAGGGUCAGCAACAUGGUCAACAGGGUCAACAGGGUCAACAGGGUCAACAGGGUCAACAGGGUCAACAGGGUCAACAGGGUCAACAGGGUCAGCAGCAAGGUCAGCAGUAUGAGGAGAUGUACCACGCGAGCGGACCGGAUUUCCAGUUGGGUUGGGGUUAUGGUGAUGGCGGUGGGUUUGAACAGCAGCAGGAGCAAGCAUGGGACCAGGGAUGGGGAUAUCAGCUGGAGGUGGGACAGGAGGCUAGGUAUGGACCUGGCUAUGGACCUGGCUAUGGACAUGAGCAAUCUCAAAAGCAACAGCUGUGGUUUGGACUUGGAGGAGGAUACGGACACGGAUAUGGACAAGCCGGUUCCGGUUCUUGGUCGAAAGUCGAGCUCGAGAUUGGACACGACGGACGCGGAGGAUGUUGUGGCUGCGGUGACGACGGCGGUUACAUCUAUGUCGAUUCUCCGAGAGACUGCGCCUUUGAAAGCUUGGCGUGCGAGUACGGCACUACGGUUGAUGAUGAAGCAGUUCCCGAGGUCGAGACGAGCGAACCUUUACUCUCACCUACCCUGGAUACCUCCAACGAAACGGAUCCCGGUAGUAUCGACACCACCGUCGGAACCAGAAACAGAGCUCGUACCUUCUCGCUUCCACUUGACAGCACUAGGAUGGAGAAACCGAGUCAGCAGCAGGUCAAAACCAUGGAGGUUGAUGAUGGUCAUGAGCAGCAACACGAAGACGACGCCGUCGAGCUUGAGAAUGGUGGAAACACUGAGAAAAACAGCACCCACGAGCGUGCCGGUUCUUGGUCCGAUGCGGAAGCCGUCAUCUCUGAAGAGUUGAGGGGUAUUUGGCGCCAGAAGAUGAGCGAGUGA